AUGCCCUACAGGCUGCCUCACAGGUGCCCUGCCGCGAGCGUGGGACCUGGAUGCCACGGUGGCAUCGGACAAAGAAAGGAGGAACAAGAGGGAAGGGAAAGUGCUUCCCCCCACCCUGGGGAUCUGUGCGCAGAGGAGCAAGGCAGCCCCGUGCACGGUGCAGAGUCCGGAGACGCCCGUGGGGCCGCCGGGUGUCGCUUCCUGGAAGGUUUCUUCCCAAGGUCUGCGUGUUCCUGCCUCUGGCCCACGACACACUUGCUGCCUCCACCCAGCCCCCCACAGAACCCCAAGACCACACUGCUUGGAUUUGAGUCCAGGACAGGCUGUCCUGCACCCACUGAAAGGCGUCUGCCUGUGACCCACCUUCCGGGUGCAGGGACCUCCCCGGUGUGGCUCACGUCUCUGGCAGUGGCUCGGCGCACCGCGGACAUCCAGCCGGUGCUCCUGAAGGCGCCAACAGCACAAACGCGUCAUCUCGUGGUUCUGGAGGCCAGAAGGCUGAGAGAAGACAGAGCCCGCGUGGACCUUCGACGCAGGCACAGAAAGUGCGCGACGGUAACCCGCGGGUCUGUGCGAGAACACGGCCGUCCGGGGCGCCGGGCUGUUUCUGGUGUCCGUGGUCUGUCUGCCAGCCGGGAGCAGCCUUGCCUCCAUUCCCAGGUUCUCAGGGCCUGUCUGCUGGGGCUCCAGGCUGGGGUGGGAGGCGGAAUCCGGGGUCCGGGGGUCCCAAGAAGGCUAUAUCGCCUCUCCCUGAGGGUGGGCAGCACGGUGCCCGGAGAACUGGGGGCUGCCCGGCCUUGUUCCGCACUCAGCCCUCGAGCCGGGACCACCGGCUCGCCGGACCCCUGA